AUGACUUUUGAAUUUUUCGCAGAAUUGGUAGAUUUAAGAACGGAACUCGUCAACAGCAAAACCCGACAGGAAAUUUUGGAAGAAGAAAGUCGGAAUUUAGUAUUACAAUUACAUUCCUUACAAUUGGAUCGAUUGCCGCCCAAUCAGAAUCCGGAACAGUACAAGGAAAAAAUCGAAACGGCUUUGAAAUUGUCGCCGACGAAAAGUUCGUAUUCGGAUGACGUCACGUUUAAAAACAACAGCGAAUUGAAAAAAUUGAAAAAUGAAUUGCUCCAGUAUCAGAGCGAAAACAUAAUACUAAGGAAUUCCAUACUGGCACUUCACAGCGAAGUCUACGGCGCGAGAUUGGCGGCCAAAUAUUUGGAUAAGGAAUUGGCGGGUAGGAUACAACAGUUGCAAUUGUUGGGACGGGAAAUGAGAACGGACGUGAGGGAUAAACUCUGGAGGCAGUUGGAAUCGGAAAUACUUUUGCACCGUCACAAAACGGUCAUACGAGCGUGCAGAAAUCGAACGAAUCACGAAUUCAUUUCCGCGGAUUCGAGAAUAUUAAAUUUGAAUCGUACGAACAACGAUGGGAUUUUUUUAAAAAACGGCGAUUUUUCAUGCAUGGUAGGUGAGAAAAGGACGGUCACUGUGAAAAGGCAACAGGGACAAGGUUUAGGGAUUUCCAUAACGGGAGGUAGAGAACACGGAGUACCCAUAUUGAUAUCCGAAUUGGAAAUCGGCGGUCCGGCACACGAGUGUAAAAAUUUAUACGUCGGAGAUGCUAUAUUGAAAGUGAACGAUAUCUCGUUGGAAAACGCGAGUCAUUUCGAAGCCGUUAAAAUCCUGACGAAUUUAGAAGAGACGAGAGAUGUUAAAUUACUCGUGCAAUUCAUCGCCGUGGACACGGACGAUGAAAAUUCACUCAGCGAAGAUUUAUACGGUUACAGGUAUCGAUUUUUCGAUACGGAAGUUAUGGAUAGUUCAGACGCAUUAGGAUUGCAUCCUUUACAUUCUAAUUCGGCACACACUCCGACGGCUCCCAGAACACCUGAUUUAAACAGGUGA